GUUAUAAGCAGGAUCUGCUGGCAGAACACAAGCUUAAUGCGGACACAGAUGGUACCGGAUCUGUUGCAUUAUUCUGCUUCAGAUAUGCUGCCAAUCUGACGGCAUACUGCUGACAGUGUGCUUCCUGGGUGGAUUUUGUACCCAAUCUGUGGCCUCUCUGCUCACAUAUUUUGUCGAACAGAUUUUGCCAAUGUCCGUUCUUCGCAGGUUUGGCUGACUGGGAUUAUUUAUCCAACUAUUUACGAUCUUAUCAUCUCUGAUCUCUCAUCAUCUUUUCGCGGGAAGACGAGAACGAGCAAGGAGCAGUCCUCGAAGGAAACUUUUCGUAAACGUAAAGUUUCUAGAUCGCAGCAGUCUUCUUAAGAAGCCGAAGAUCAGACGGACGGUGAUGCGCGAUGCAUAUCCUGGGGUCAAGUGAAAUCAAUUGGCGCGUGUGGUUUCGCGCGGGGGGCGGAUCAAUUGGCGAGCGUCGCGGCGACGAGCGGCGGGGUAAGGGUGCGUUCUCUCAUCUCGACGAAACUCGGAGGCUCGUCUAACGACGGAGGCGCGUACACGAAGCGUUAAAAUUAAAUUCAGCCAGAGGCCGUCGACUAUGUACCGUCGUCUACGACGACGGCGACGUCGCGGCGAGUCGUCGUCGUCGCGCGUCCUUUAGCUCAGUCUCAAGAACACACCCUGGCUGCACGGAUGCACCUCGAUCGCCGAUCGGUCUAGCAUCCCCGUCGCGAAUCUCCACUCACUCGUCAUCUGCGAUCUUCGUCCCGAGAUGAAUCGAGAGGACGAGGACUUUGGCGAGGGCUACAUCGCGGAGUCGCAUCCGCUGAGGCCGACGCAUCUCACAGUGCCGCUUGGCGGACGUUCCGAUUCACGUGCGCCUAGUAUCAGCAGCAGCGUCAGCGACCUCGACGUUCCGAUAUACACGAGGGAAACCACCGUACCGCUAUCAGCGAGAAAGGGUCUCAAUGGUCGACUGGCGUUCGCUAUUGCGGCGGCCGCUCUUGGCUCGUCGUUUCAACAUGGAUACAACACCGGUGUGGUUAACGCACCUCAGCAGCUCAUCGAAGAGUGGAUCAGUAACCUGAAGAUGAACCGGACGGGCGUCCCGACGAGCCAAUCGAGGUGACGUUGAUCUGGUCAGUGGCGGUGUCGAUAUCUG